CUCCAUGUGCCCAUUCACCAAUCUUCUAAAAAAAAAAAAAAAAAAAAAAAAAAAAAAAAAAAUACCAGAGUUUCGCAAUUCGUUCGAGUCAGGGUGGUGGCACUCCAGUGACCAGUUGCUGUUCCUAAACGGCACCCGCCUUUACUAGCUGUGCGCGCUCCCUGGGAGCGCGCAGCACCGCGAUCCAGUGCUCGCUGUGUCCUCCGGACCCAGUGAAACACCGAUCUUUGGACGGGACCUCUGUAUGAGGUCACGAUCAUGUGAUCACUGAUUGGCCAAUCAGUGAUCACAUGCAAAGUAGUAAGCAAGAUGUCACUU